AUGGCUAACCCGCUCGUAGAACGUUGGCAAAACGCCUCGGUUCAAGACCCUCUUUACCGGCGUGAUUUAAACCAUUUGAUUCGCAAAGAUUUGAGCGUUCGUUUCCAAGAACCGCUCGUUUUUGGCACCGCUGGCAUGCGCGGUUUGAUGGGUUUUGGACCCGACCGAAUUAACGAACUAACUAUCGCUGCGGCCAGUCAAGCUUACGCCCAGUACCUUCGUUCGUUAUCGCCAAAAGUGCUCAAGCAGGGCGUCAUCAUAGGACACGAUAACCGCGCUAACUCGGACUUUUUUGCCAAAGUGACUUACGAUGUUCUAAGAGCGCACCAGAUCAAAGCUUUCUUGUUUGAGGCGAACGAACUCCAGCCUUCACCGCUAGUUUCUUACACGGUUCGCAAACUAUCUUUGGCGGGCGGAAUCGUAAUUACCGCCAGUCACAAUCCCAAGCAGUACAACGGCUUCAAAGUUUACGAUCACCUUGGCGGUCAACUAACUGGCGAGGCCGCUAAAACCGUUCAAACUAACAUGGUUAAAAUCGACCCGCUCGACGUCAAACGGAAAGCUGGUAGUUACUCUUACGUCAGUCAAGACAUCGUUGAAAGCUAUAUUCAAGCUCUGCUUCAGCUCCGGCAAAGACCCGACGACUCAAAAGUUUUAAAAGUCGUGUUUUCUCCGCUCCACGGCACGGGCGGUAAAGUCGGUAAUGAGUUGCUCAAACGAAUGAACAUUGACCAUCUUAACGUUAGUAAGCAGAUGGAACCUGAUCCAGAGUUUAGCAGUCUUAAAUCACCCAAUCCCGAGGAUGGCCACGCCUUUGCCCGCUCGGUUUCUUUAGCCCGGACUAAGAAAGCCGACUUAGUGGUGGUGACUGAUCCCGACGCCGAUCGCUUAGGUGUGGUCGUUAAGUACAAGCACCGCUUUAAGUAUUUAAACGGUAACCAAGUGGCGGCGCUUUACCUAGAUUAUUUAAUCAACCAACUUAAACUGAGCGGUCAGUUACCCAAACGAGGUUACAUCAUUAAGACAACCGUUUCGGGCCAACUGCCAGUCCAAAUCGCCCGCCGCGCGGGGUUAAAAGUUUACGAGACGCACGUCGGUUUUAAAAACAUCGCCGAGAAAAUUGAAUCGCUCAGCCAAACUAACCAGCAGUUUGUUUUUGCUUACGAAGAAUCGUACGGUUUUUUACUCAACCCGAGUGUCAGUCGCGAUAAAGACGCGCUCCAAGCUUUGGUCGGCGUAGUUGAAAUGGCUAACUAUUACAAAACGCAGGGCACAAAUUUGUACGAACGCCUGCUGGAACUUUUUAAAAUGCACGGCAUUCACCGCUCAAUCGUGAUGUCAAAAGUGCUCACACCAAGUGCCCAAGCCAAGCUUUUCACUCGAAUCAAAAAGGUUCGCAAAAUAGCCGGUUUAAAAGUGGUUGAAAGCGUCGACUACAACAUCGGACGCCACUCUUUGCCUAACCAAAACAUGCUCAAAAUCACUUUGUCAAACGGUACAUGGUUUGCAAUUAGACCCUCAGGCACCGAGCCGAAAGUGAAAAUUUACAUUCAGACGAUCGGCACGACCGAGCAAGAGUUAGUUGACAUUGUCACCACCGAAAAAACGAUCAGCAACUUGAUUGAAGAUAAUAUCGAGUCGCCGAUCGCAACCAAGAUCAAAGCUAGUUCGGUGAUUCGCUACGGGCUUUUCAUCGCCGUUAUCGCCGCUUUGCUAGCGAUUGUUUUCCUUUACGUUUAUAAGGGCGCGCGAAACCGGACCGUUUUUGAUGUCGCUCACUUAGUUUUUAGUUCGCAGAUGCGCAUCGUUUGGUUUAGUUUAGUCGUUUGA